UUGGCCCUGUUUAGGUUUUAUUUGAACCAAAGUUCACUCUGUCCCAGGAAAGGGAGGGGAGGGUACUCACAUACUUUGCCUGUAAUGGUAAUUCCUGUUUACAGAAGUCUUCAUUUAUUUAACCCGUUCCUUAAAAUAACCUCAUGAAAUAAGCAUUGCUUCCAUUUUACAAAGGUAAACUAAGGCUCAGAGAGGUGAAGUGUUUUUUUCUAUAUGUAACUGCUCUAAUGCAUGGCAAAGGUGGGAUUUGAAAUUGUUUUUGCUUCUAGAUUUCGUUUUCUUUCUACUCUACUCCCCAGGGCGUUGAGGUAUCUGUGUGAAAUUAAUGUUUAUUGAACACCUACUAUGUGCCAUUGAAUUAAAAACAGCCCUAAAAGGUACUUAGUAUGAGCUGCAUGUUAUAGAUCAGGAAAUAGGCUCAGAGAGGUUCAGUAACUUGUCCAAGGCCACACAGCAACUACAUGGUAGAGCCGGGACUAGAACUUAAGUUGCCUGAUUCUUAGCCCAUGGUGCCAGCCCCUGCCAGGUGGUCUCCUGGAGUUGACGCCACUUGUGCCGGUCUUGCUGACAUUCCAGUCUUGUGCCCUAUGAAGGCUCAGGCCGGGGAUCCCUAGGGGCAGUUCCUCCUGACACAUUUCUCCACCUCACUGAAACUGGGGGUUUGGGGCCAGGCAUCCUGCUUGGAGCAAGGCUGGGGAGGCUGUACCUGUCAGUGUGUGUUGUGUGUGUGCAUGCACUAACACAUUCACCCAUUUUGGGGGCAGCCCUGCAUAAGCCCUUUAACGCCGACCAGCCCAUACCUGGGCCCAGAGCCCAGAAUGGGACCCAGCAGUGACCCAGACCUCCCACAGAGACCCCCAACCCUGGCUUGCCUGGGGCCUGCCCUGGGCCAGCAAAAGAACGAAGUCCCAGCUUCCUGGUACAACUCUGCCCUUGGGUAGGUAUGGCCCUGCUCCUGUGGUUUACAUCUCAGCUGCCAAGAACUGAGGCCAAUUCAAGGUAAGGAAGAGGCCCCAAAAGAAGUCCCACUUCUUCCUGGUGGAGAGGUGAGGGCUGCAGGCCCAACCCUGUGAGUGACGGGGGCAAGUGAGGGACACUAGUUCCACGCCUGCAUGCUGCCAAAUGUACUCAGCACCCUGCUAAGGAGGCUGGAGACCCCAUCACGGCCAUGGCAAUCCCGAAGGAGGAGCUGUUUCAAGGUUGGUUAUGAACAUGUAACCCCAGAGCCCCGCUGCUGUAGCCUGGACUGGGACCCCCUUCUGCCCCCUCCCUAGCUGUCCUGUUCUGGCCUCCAGCACCCACAAACCACCACCCCCAACUUAACUUCUCAGGAAGCCUUGGAGCUGGAGGGAGAGGCCUGGCUGCACCCCCAGCUGGGACUGCCCAGAGGCGCUUGUCCCUGCCCAUGAAAGCCUCCCUUGUCACAGCUGAAACCUUCCCUCUGCCUCAGGGGCCCCUGGAAUGUGGCUGCAGGGCGGGGUCUGGGCCCACACAGGUGGGGCAGGUGACUGUCAGGUCUCAGGCCUGAGUGUCAGGAAUGAAGCCUGCCUUUGUGUGUGCACAGUGCAGGGUGGGGCUGGACUGGGGACACCUUUCUGUCUCAGCCUGGAGACCUGGGAUAGGAGAGAGAGGGGAGUGGGGAAGUUGAGGGGAGUGCCUUUACAUCCUGCUGGUCAUCGUGGCCACUUCAGUCUGUUGAGCAUUUUCUGUGAGUCAUCUUGCUCCAACUGAGAGUCAGGCUGAGCUGGAGUUAUUUCCAUUUUCCUGAUUGGUAGACUAAGGCUCACAGAGAGGAGGUGGCAUUACCCAAAGCCGCACAGCUGGUAAAUGGGAAAAGAGGGGUUUAAAGCAUUCAGGCACAUAGAGCCUUCUGCAGCGGCCCCUCCCCAGCCAGCACUUGACAGGACAGAUGGGGGCUAAUCUGGCCCUGCUAAGCAGCGACAUGCCUCUCCUGGAGAAGGCAGGGGCUUCCUGGAACUUGCCCCAGCCUUAUCAGCGGAGGUUUGCCCCAACACAUCCCAGAAACGAGCAAAGGUUCAGCGCCGUGCAGUUGGCAGGUGUUGGGAUCAUCCUUCAUCCCCUUGUCAGUCCCAAGCCUGCUGGGCUUUUGUGAGGGUGCCAGGAACACAGGCUGGAGGAUGGCAGGAGGGGAGUAGAGGUGGGAGGAGGGGAGUCCAUCUGCAGCACCAGGUAAGGGAUGGAUGCUGGCUCCUCUGGUCACCUCAGCUGGAACACUACUCAAGGUCCCUGGCUCCUGUCCUCCACCUGCCCCCAGGGGCCCUGCAUUCCCAUCCCCAGGGCCUCCACUCUCCCUGAGCCCUGCAGUCUCUCUCUCACUCACUCACUCACUCACUCACUCACUCACUCACUCGCUCACUCACUCACAGGGUUUUGAGUUGGAUAACACAGCGUAAUGAUCGGCAAGUGGACUCCCAAACUGAGAACACGGAGCUGUCCUCUUGGGGAGAGGCUCAGGGCUCGGGGAAGUGAAGUCCAGCUGAGGGCACAGUUGGCCUGAGCUGCUCUCAGUACAGGCAGAGGCCUUGGUAGCUGUGCUGUGAUGAGAGUUUGCUCCCUGCUGCUCUCUUCUGGCAUGGAGAGAUGAACCUGUAAUCCAAGUGUUAAAACCGUGCCCUGGGGAAAAACACUAUUAAUUCUGAAUCAUCUCUUUUGUUGCAUUAAAAAAAAAUAGAAGAGAAAAACUUCACAUGAGCCACUCAAGGUGUGCAGGCAGCUGUGUUUGUCAGGAAGGCAGAAGGAGUUGGCUUUGCUUUGGGGGAGGAGACGAGGUCCUACAACACCCUCUGAAGGGUAUAUAAGGAGCCCCAGCAUGCAGCCUGGCCUGGUACCUCCUGCCAGCGUCUCUUGGGUUUGCUGAGAACUCACGGGCUCCAGCUACUUGGCCAUGACCACCACAUUUCUGCAAACUUCUUCCUCCACCUUUGGGGGUGGCUCAACCCGAGGGGGUUCCCUCCUGGCUGGGGGAGGUGGCUUUGGUGGGGGGAGUCUCUGUGGGGGAGGUGGAAGCCGAAGUAUCUCAGCUUCUUCUGCUAGGUUUGUCUCUUCAGGGUCAGGAGGAGGAUAUGGGGGUGGCAUGAGGGUCUGUGGCUUUGGUGGAGGGGCUGGUAGUGUUUUCGGUGGAGGCUUUAGAGGGGGCAUUGGUGGGGGUUUUGGUGGUGGCUUUGGUGGUGGCGAUGGUGGUCUCCUCUCUGGCAAUGAGAAAAUUACCAUGCAGAACCUCAAUGACCGCCUGGCCUCCUACCUGGACAAGGUACGUGCCCUGGAGGAGGCCAAUGCUGACCUGGAGGUGAAGAUCCAUGACUGGUACCAGAAGCAGACCCCAACCAGCCCAGAAUGCGACUACAGCCAAUACUUCAAGACCAUUGAAGAGCUCCGGGACAAGAUCAUGGCCACCACCAUCGACAACUCCCGGGUCAUCCUGGAGAUCGACAAUGCCAGGCUGGCUGCGGACGACUUCAGGCUCAAGUAUGAGAAUGAGCUGGCCCUGCGCCAGGGCGUCGAGGCUGACGUCAACGGCUUGCGCCGAGUCCUGGAUGAGCUGACCCUGGCCAGGACUGACCUGGAGAUGCAGAUCGAGGGCCUGAAUGAGGAGCUAGCCUACCUGAAGAAGAACCACGAGGAGGAGAUGAAGGAGUUCAGCAGCCAGCUGGCCGGCCAGGUCAAUGUGGAGAUGGACGCAGCACCGGGUGUGGACCUGACCCGUGUGCUGGCAGAGAUGAGGGAGCAGUACGAGGCCAUGGCGGAGAAGAACCGCCGGGAUGUCGAGGCCUGGUUCUUCAGCAAGACUGAGGAGCUGAACAAAGAGGUGGCCUCCAACACAGAAAUGAUCCAGACCAGCAAGACGGAGAUCACAGACCUGAGACGCACGAUGCAGGAGCUGGAGAUCGAGCUGCAGUCCCAGCUCAGCAUGAAAGCUGGGCUGGAGAACUCACUGGCCGAGACAGAGUGCCGCUAUGCCACGCAGCUGCAGCAGAUCCAGGGGCUCAUCGGUGGCCUGGAGGCCCAGCUGAGUGAGCUCCGAUGCGAGAUGGAGGCUCAGAACCAGGAGUACAAGAUGCUGCUUGACAUAAAGACACGGCUGGAGCAGGAGAUCGCCACUUACCGCAGCCUGCUCGAGGGCCAGGAUGCCAAGAUGGCUGGCAUUGGCAUCAGGGAAGCCUCUUCAGGAGGUGGUGGUAGCAGCAGCAAUUUCCACAUCAACGUAGAAUAGUCAGUGGAUGGAAAGGUGGUUUCUUCCCGCAAGAGAGAAAUCUAAGUGUCCAUUGCAGGAGAAACGUCCCUCGCCACUCCCCACUCUCAUCAGGCCAAGUGGAGGACUGGCCAGAGGGCCUGCACAUGCAAACUCCAGUCCCUGCCUUCAGAGAGCUGAAAAGGGUCCUUCGGUCUUUUAUUUCAGGGCUUUGCAUGCGCUCUAUUCCCCCUCUGCCUCUCCCCACCUUCUUUGGAGCAAGGAGAUGCAGCUGUAUUGUGUAACAAGCUCAUUUGUACAGUGUCUGUUCAUGUAAUAAAGAAUUACUUUUCCUUUUGCAAAUA